CGAAUAUAUAUCAAGCGAGUGUCAAAGAUUGGUGAUGUCCAUAAUGUAUUCAACAUGUAAACACGACAACUCAACGAGAUAUUCGUGCUUCAUUGCUUCGCAUCAAUUAUUGUAUUAUUAAAUCUUGUAAUAGUAAACAGGUUAGAGUAAACAAAUAUUGGUCCAUUUUGUUCACAAUUCACCAUUACAAGCAGCAAAACUUUUCCUCCAAUCUUAUUUGACUUUUGAGCAUACUUGAGACACCAUGGUUUUGGAACUCGUUGGUGGAGCUUUUCUAGGGGCUGUGUUUAAUGUGCUGCUUGAAAGAAUAGCUUCCCCUGAAGUACUCAGCUUCUUGAAGGAGAAGAAAAUGAACAACAGGUUGCUGAAGAAGUUGAAGCUGAUUUUGCUGUCAGUUCAUGGAGUUCUUGAUGAUGCAGAGGGAAAGCAGAUUACAAAUCCAGCAGUAAAAGAAUGGCUAGAUGAGCUUAAAGAUGCUGCAUAUGAAGCUGAUGAUUUGUUGGAUGAGAUAUACACAAGAUCUAAAUAUGGUGCUGGUGAGGUAUGCAACUUUGACUUUAAUUCUUGGAGCUCAUUUGAGAAUGAAGUUGAAGAAAAAAUGGAGGAGAUCAUUGAGAAGUUAGAAUUUAUCGCGAAGCAGAAAGAUUUCCUUGGUCUAACUGGGGAUAUAGGAGUGAAGAUCCCACAGAAGACUCCCACAACAUCUAUAGUUGAAGGGUCUAAUGUAUAUGGAAGAGAUGAUGAUAAGGAGUUCAUAAUCAAGCUACUAUUUGAUGUUGAAAAUGGUGAUGACAAGAUAGGAGUGAUUCCUAUUGUUGGCAUGGCCGGAAUUGGAAAAACAACCUUGGCUCAACUUGCUUACAAUGAUGUUAGAGUGAAGGAACACUUUGAUCUCAGAGCUUGGGUCUGUGUUUCUGAGGAUUUUGACAUAUUCAAGAUCACUGAAACACUUUUGGAGAUUCUCACCAUGUGCAAUCAUGCUAUUAGAGAUCUAGAUUCACUUCAAGUUGAACUGAAGAGGAGGUUGAAAGGGAAGAAGUAUUUGUUUGUUUUGGAUGAUAUGUGGAAUGAAAACUAUGAUGAUUGGGACAUGUUGAGAAAUCUUCUUCAAUAUGGUGCUCAUGGGAGUAAGAUCAUUGUGACUACAAGAAGCGAGCGAGUAGCAUCAAUCAUGCAAACCAUUCCAUCAUAUCACUUGGGAUAUUUAUCAGAUGAAGAUUGUUGGAUGUUGUUUGCAAAGCAUGCAUUUGAUUAUAGAAGCUCUGAUACCUAUAAAAUCUUGGAAGGAAUUGGUAAAAGCAUUGCUAAGAAGUGUAAGGGGUUGCCUCUGGCUGCGAAAACAUUAGGAGGACUAUUGCGCUCUAAAACAGAUGUGAAAGAAUGGGACAACAUAUUGAAGAAUGAGAUAUGGGAGUUGUCAGAUAGAAAGAGCAAUAUUCUUCCAGCUUUGAGAUUGAGUUAUUAUUAUCUCCCUUCACAUUUAAAGCGAUGUUUUGCUUACUGCUCAAUCUUUCCUAAAGGGUACGAAUUCGACAGAGAGGAGUUGAUAUUGUUAUGGAUGGCAGAGAAUCUACUGAAAGAACCAAAAAGAAACAGAAGACUUGAAGAAGUUGGAGAUGAGUACUUUCAUGAAUUGGUAGCAAGGUCAUUUUUCCAACAAUCAAGACAUAAUGGAUCACUCUUUGUGAUGCAUGAUCUUAUCAAUGAUCUUGCUAAAUAUGUAUCUGGAAAAUUCUGCAUCAGAUUGGAAAACAACUUAGAUGAAGAUGCCGGGGAAAGGACUCGUCACUUGUCACAAAUUAUUGCAAAUAGGUAUCCAUCUAUAAACUUUGAUGCUUUCCAAAAGGCAAGUGGUCUACACACUUUUUUGCAAUUAAGCUUGGUGGAUCCACCAAUAUGCCUUUUCAACAAGGUGCCAAAGGAUCUGUUUAUGAAGCUAAGGCGCUUGCGAGUGUUAUCUUUGGUUGGUGCGCGUGGUAGUCUUAACGAAUUGCUCCAUUUCAUUGCCAAACUCAGACAUCUGAGAUACUUGGAUGUGUCACAAACUCAAAUAAAGAAGUUACCUGGUUCCAUCUGUACUUUAUACAACUUACAAACACUCAAGGCUGCAAGAUGUCCUCAUCUCAUAGAAUUGCCAAGGAAUAUGCAUUGUCUAGUCAAUUUAAGAUACCUUGACAUCUCGGCUUCUCGGAUAGAACGGAUGCCAUUGCACAUGAGUAAUCUAAAAAGCCUGCAAAAGUUGAGCAAUUUCUUCGUGAGCAAGGAAUCUGCUUCUUCGAUUGGUGAAUUAGGCGAACUAUCACAUCUAAGAGGUUCUUUGAUGAUUCAAAACAUAAAGAAUGUGGUUGAUCCUAAAGAUGCAAUGCAAGCAAGUUUGAAGGACAAGAGGAAUCUUGAUAAGUUGACUUUUGAUUGGGGAAGGUCUGCUGAUACAGAAAAUUCCCAGCAUGAAAAGAACAUACUCGAAAAGCUGCAGCCGAAUACAAAUUUGGAAGCCCUUGAAAUUGUGCACUACACAGGUACUCAGUUUCCAACUUGGUUGGGAGAUCCUUCAUUCUUCCACCUAGUUUCUCUGUCACUUAAUCAUUGUAAAUAUUGCCACAUAUUGCCAUCACUUGGACAGCUUCCAUAUCUUAAAGAACUACAUAUUUCAAAGUUUAAGGAGCUAGUUAGCAUUGGACCUGAAUUUUAUGGAGUCAGUGGCUGCACAGGGAAUCAACAUUUUCCUUCUCUUGAAAUUCUAACAUUUUAUGGCAUGCCAGCAUGGGAGAAAUGGAUUCAUGCAGGUGAAAGUGAAGGCUGCAAAGUUUUCCCUUGUCUCAAAGAGCUUCAUUUGGAGGAAUGUCCACAACUAUCUGGUGAUUUGCCUACUUUUCUUCCUUCUCUUACAAAUCUUACCAUGAGAUACUGUAAUCAGAUUUCAACUUCACUCCCAAAAGCUCCGGCUAUGCGAUCAUUACAUGUUGAUAACUGUUGGAAAGUAGAAAUCCUAGAAGAACUAAUGGGGUGCCGGGAAUCACUUGAAUCAUUAGAGAUAUACAAUAGCUGCCACUCUCUGAAGUCUUUCCCACUAGAUUUCUUCCCCUAUCUUAAGUCCUUGGUAAUCUGGGGAUGUGAAAAUCUAGAAUCUCUAACUACUUCAGCGCCACAGACGGAGGGAACACUCGAGCUUCUAGCAUCUCUAAAUUCAUUGUGCAUAUGGAGAUGUCACAACUUUGUGAACUUUCCUCAUGCAGGAUUGCCUACACCAAACCUUGCUUCUUUGAAAGUUCGCUACUGCAGCAAGUUAAGUUCACUUCCUAAACAAAUGCAUACUCUUCUCCCAAGUUUAAAGGAACUCCAAGUUUGGAGUUGUCCAGAAAUCAAGUCACUUCCAAAUGGAGGUUUGCCAACUAAUUUGAAGUCAUUCAAGAUUAGAGAUUGUGACAACCUCUUUGCUCGCCGGCUGGACUGGAAUAUGUCGUGCUUGGCCUCGCUCGAGCACUUUUCAGUUGAGGGAAAAUGUGAAGAUGUUGAGUCGUUUCCAGAGGAAGGUUUGCUUCCUUCCACACUAACACAACUGGAGAUUCAAGGUUUAUCAAACCUUAAAACUUUGGAUAUGAAAGGGCUUCAAAACCUCACUUCUCUCAAGAAAAUUCAGAUCCUUGAUUGUUGUAAGCUUGAGUCACUAGGAGAAGGAGGAACAUUGCCUUUAUCUGCAGUUGAUCUUGAUAUUUGGAAGUGUCCUUUACUGAAAGAGCAGUGGCAGAGAGAGAACAAGCCCAACAUUUCUGGCAACCAUGGCAUUUGGAUCUGUGACCAAUACAUUGAAGUGGAUGAGCAGCAUGAUUUGUAGAUAAUGAUCCCAAUUCCCAAGUGUUGACAGAAUUUAUACCCUGCAAUUCAACAUAAAUACUUCAUGAUCUGCACAACUUAGUAAUUGGCAACAGCAAGUUAAUUCAUAAGGUUUGUAUUAUAUGUUAGUAUGACUUCAUAUUUUAAAAGCAUGAUUCCAAUAAUUCAAAAGAUAAUUCUGCUAAUGAAAACCGAGAUUCUGCUAUGAGAAAAUUGGUCAAGUUAAAAGCCAAGAGUCUAAUUAAUAAUUACCCUUAAAUCAAAGUAGUAGACUCACACAUAACAUAAGGAGUAAAGAAUGCUUCUUAUUUCUAAUGUUUGUGAUUUUCUUGUUUGUAUCAAAAUUAUCCAUGAUCGAUAACUCCAUCUAAAACAUUAAAAACAAAAUUGAAAACAUAAAAGGAUAAUUCUGACACAAAUAUGUGCAACA